AGUGUCACAUUGCUACCAAUAUAAAACUAUGUAUUAAUAUUAAUAGUGGGGUUAUGCACACGACAGGCUAGAAUUCGACCGACAGGGCACCAAUUUAAGAAUCCUUGAUUACUAUUUCUUGCUUUAAACACGUAAAAUGCAUUUAUAGCUUCUUAAUCUUAAAAAAAGUGCGAUUUACGACUAAGACAGCGCUGCCAACCUGACCAAACCACACAAACAUAACCUCUACAAACCAAAAUAAAAUGUUUAUAAAUCAAUUCACUCGAAAAUUUAGCACGUCAGUGAGACAUUUGAAAGCCGUCAAAGUAAAAAAUGCGAAAGGUUCCAGUUCACACGAGUGGCUGUCAAGACAGCUCUCGGACCCCUAUGUCGAAAAGGCAAAAAUGAUGAACUACAGGUGUCGCAGCGCAUUCAAAUUGCUCGAAAUGGACGACCGGUUUCAGAUUCUCAAGCCGGGACAGGUAGUUAUAGAUUGUGGGGCUGCCCCUGGUUCGUGGACUCAAGUGGCUGUUAAGAGGGUGAAUUCUGACGCGUCAGACACACGGGAGCCCCAAGGGAGGGUCAUCGCGAUCGAUAAACAGCAGAUUUUUCCCAUUGAUGGGGCUGUCAUUUUGGGUAAUGUGGAUUUUACGACGUCGCAGACGCAGUCGAAGAUUCUGGAGACUCUUGCGGGCCGCAAACCCCACGUUGUUUUGUCAGAUAUGGCCCCCAAAGCCACCGGAGUCACCCAUUUGGAUAACGAAAAUAUUAUUCAUUUGUGUUACGUGACGUUGCGAUUCGCCGCACAAGUGUCAGAAGUUGGUGCUACUUUAGUUGUCAAACUGUGGCAGUGUGGCCAAGCUAAGCAACUAGAGACUGAUUUUAGUAAGUUUUAUAGUAAAGUAAAAUAUGUUAAACCCAACUCCAGCCGGACUGACUCCGCCGAAAUCUUCCUCCUCGCCAGAAAUUUCAAAGGUUUAAUAAAACAAUAAGUAAAAAAUA